AAAAGAACUAGAAUGUUAGAUACAUGAAUAUGUGAAAAAGUGUUGAUGUAAGUUAAAAAAAGAACCUUAUGACACAAUAUCAUGUAAAAAAAUAUGUAUAUUUUGAAGUGGACUUGUUCUAUGUACUAUUAUAAUUGAAUAAAAGAAAAAACUCGAGAAAAAUCAACCCCAUUUAAAUGUAAUUUACAAGUUAGCCACAAGAUGUCGCCGUUGAACUUCUUAUCUGCAGCAGUGGGCAAGUUACCGCCUCCGCUUUGGAUCCAACCAACUCCGACAACACGCGGUGGUGAAGCAGAUGAACGGUGUAACUUCAUCAGCCCCCGCUCCCGAGUGAUGAUGAACUCCAACACUCCACGGAGGACACCACCUCGAGGGACACACGUCACACGCAGAGUCCUGAUGGACAUCCCGAGAUGAGGAAGUAACUUCACCUGAGACCUGGACCAGAAGGUUUUAAAACUUCGCGUCCGCACAAAACUUUAACCCGGACAUUUAAUUAAGAAUGGCGACACCUGCGGUCUACUUUUUAUUCCUCCUUUCGUGUUGUUGUGGAAUUGGCAGCUGUAGUGAAUGCGACGACAUUCGAAAAGUUUUCCAACUCAGGCAAAGUGGACUAAAUGAGUUGUUACCUUCAAGUCCGAGGCCAGGUACAGACCUUCAAAUAUGCAAACCAAGGAACCUGACCUGCUGCACCAAGAAGAUUGAAGGAAAGUACCAGUUGGUAGUUCAGAGCGACAUCCAGAACCUUCUCCAGACGUCCAGCACCAGCCUCAAGCUUCUGAUUUCCAGCAACGUGGCUGCUUUUCAAGAGACCUUUGAGGAUCUGAUGAGGCAGGCGGAGAACCACACCGACGCCGUCCUUCAGAGGUUCCACUACAGAAUAGCCCACCAGGUGGCGGGCCCUCUGGGGGAGUUCUUCUCUGGUGUGGGUCUGUUCCUGCUGGGCUCUGAACUCAGCAUGGACGAGUUGGUGCUGAGGUUCUUCGAAGAGCUCUUCCCGCUCGUCUACGAUCACCUCCUAAACCCCGGUGCCGGAGAAACAUCAGCGGGUUACACCGAGUGUGUGAGGUCAUCGACCCGUGAGGUGGCAGCGUUUGGUCGCACACCAGCCGACCUGUCGGAUCAGAUCUCUCGCUCCGGAGCUUCUGGGAAGCUCCUUCUUCAGGCGCUGCACCUCGGCAUCGAGGUCAUCAACACCACAGACCACCUGCAGCUGAGCCGCGAGUGUAGACGAGCACUGCUCAAGAUGAACUACUGCCCCCACUGCCAGGGCUUAACAAGGUCCAACCCGUGCAUGGGCUACUGCCUGAACGUGAUGAGGGGCUGCCUGGCCAGCCUGGCUGAGAUCGACGUCCACUGGAGGGAGUUUGUGCGCUCCCUGGAGGGCUUGUCGGCACGGAUGCAGGAAUCUCAAGAUUUGGAGCAGGUGCUUCUUGGAGUUCACGGUCUGAUUCACGAUGCCGUUGGAUACGCUCAGAAAAAUGGGCCGCGUCUGUCAGCACAGGUGCACAAACUAUGUGGCCCACCAAUCAGGAAGCCCACACAGAUGGUCAGCAUCCAGCAGAGCAGCAGAACAGAAUCCAUCCUGGUCAAAGUUCCCGUGAGAACGUCUGAAGAGUCGCUCCACGUCAGGAGGAGGACCUCUGAUUAAGAAUUUCUGACACACCUGCGUCACUAUCGUACCUACUAUGGUGGGCUGGCAGACCAGCUGUGUGUGAGUAACCUGGUCCUUGGUGAUGGUCUCUCCUGCUGGAACGGAACAGAUGUCGUCAAAAGUUACACACUCCGUGUGGUCGGCAACGGAAUCAAAGCUCAGAGUGUCAACCCGGAAGUCAAAGUGAAGGAGGCGGACCCUGUGAUACACCAAAUAAUUGACAAGCUGAAACACGUCAAUCAGCUUCUCCAAGGAAAGUCCAUCCCAAAACUUGGAUCCCUGGACCAGAUUGAAGCCGGCAGUGGAGACAGCGAGGGUCGUUACAGCGGAGACUGUGAUGACGAGGACGGCUGUGCCGGUUCAGGCGGCGGUGAGGUGAAGGGAAAAACCUCCAGAGUCUCCAAAAUGAGGCCAGAUGUUGAUCACAAACAUCAUCAUCAUCAUCAUCAUCAUCAUCAGCAACCACCUGUGGAGACCGACACCGCUGAUAGGCUGAGCCGCUCCGGGGCCUCAGGACUGAUUGGAUCUGUCUGGGUCUGGAUGUUACUCUGCGUACAUUCACUCACUGCCCCGUAGAGCUGCCCCCCGGUGGCCGCCAGUGGGUUCUACAGAGGAACGUCUCUGCAGGACACAGAACACGCUGUGGUCAAUGAGAACUUUAGGACUUCGACAACUGCUUUUCUGAAACCAGUUGACAAAGACGGUACACAGCGACAUCAGGUGGAACUUCUGGGGAAGACUUCGCAGACGGAAAAAAAAUCCAUGAUGUCGUCUUGGGAAUAUUCUAGAACACUGCACAGAGAUGGUUUGUUGAGACGGUUGAGAAGCAGCCGUGGUGAUGAAGCUGUAGUUUAAGAAAUGCUCUAAGUCUAACUUUUCUUUUUCUUACAAAGCUGAAAAGCUGCUGUUCUGUCCAAAGACAUUUAUUUUGAAAAGUGUCCAAAUGUGUUUGUCAUUGUUAGUGACAAUAAGGUAAACAUUUUUAUAAAUAAAGCAUAUUUUGCACUGAUAAUCUUUUAACAAUUCCAAUAAUGUGACAUUAUUUUUUUGAUAUACGGCCACAUAUGAAGUGACCAG